UAUUAGUCUUAAGAGAGAUAAAUAUAAAAUAAGGUAUAAUAUGUGUUUUACUUUAAGUGUAUUUGUUUAGUGGCAAUAUGUGUAAAUAUAAGAAUAUAAGUUACCCAAGGGCAGAACAAAACACUAUGGAACAUGGAAUACAUAAUAGACAAAGUAAUUGUAAUUUCUCAGAAUUCCAUUUAGAACAUUUUAGCAUAAUCUUUAGCAGUCACUUGCAAUUGUCUUCUCUGUGGUUUAGCAGGGAUUAUGCUCAGUGGUUUAGUGGGGAUUGUGCUUUACAUGCACUUGGAAGGAAAACAUACUUCGCUGGACAUUCCUGAACUCCGUUCUUAUUGUUAUCAGCAUCUCUACUAAACUUGAAGGCUGAUAUCAGCUAUUAUUUUUUAUUGACUAAAAAUUACUGUGACCAUGUCUUCUCCAAGGAAGAAUUGGCUCCCUAGAGCAUGAAUGUCAGAUGAGAAACUUUGGUUAUACUCUGACUGUUAUUCUUUAGUCUUGAGCUGUGAACUUGAAGGUUUCUCUCUAGUUUUACAAAUGAUAAGGUGCAAUGACAUAGAAAUAUCAAUUGUGUGUGUGUGUGUGUGCGUGUGAAUGUGCGUAUAAAAAGAGACUUUGGGAAGAUAUGGAUUUAGAUGUCUUAAUGACCUUAACAGAAUCAUGUUCAGUCCUCUUUUGGUGGAAAAAUAAGACAACUAGUCUUCACAUCCAACACACUUUGAAAAAUGGAAAGCAUUUCUUGUAUAGAUAUAUAUGCCUUCACUGUUUUGCACGGAUCUCCUGCCAUAGUGUUUUUAUAAAUACUAUUAUGACAUUUUAAAAUGCAAUCUGUGUUUUCCCUUGAUGAAUAUUAGCAUAAUUAAAUGCACGUUUUGUUUUAAAGUCUGCAUUUUUUCAGUCAGUGAAAACAAUGGUGUGUGCUUAGAAGCUUAAAUUCUAAGAGAAAGAACCCUCAGAACCACUGACACACCCAGAGUAAAGGUGUUUAUGGUCCAAAGUAGUUAAUAUUGAUGAGCAUGUACCUGCUAUCACGAUUUUUCAAAAGAUAACCCCUUCCACAUUAUUGAAAUGAAAUAAUUUUUUAUUUCUAAAUUAAAGUCUAAGAAAGAUUAUUGAAAUGAGCCCAUGUAAAAACUCCUAUACUUUAUAGCCAUUUAUAACUCUCUUUGAUUUAUUUAUUUAUUUUCUUAAUUUUUAUUUAGCCUUAUUGAUAUUCCAGAAAUGAUAGGAAAAAUACAACUCUGUAUAUCUCACUUACAAUGUAAAAUAUUCAGCCGAAAUCUGCAGGAAGUAUUUCUUUUGAAUAAAAGAAAGCAGAUGCUGUAGCAUUUCUGCCAAAGAGAGAGUCCAGUUUAAAUAUUCUGCAGUAUGCAAAUGUCAUCUCCUCCGUGUGAAUGCUUUACCCGAGUGGAUGCUGCAGGGUUGGAGGCUUCUGCCUGUGAUUUAGGUUGUAAUUUUAUUUGUGGAAAUAAACCAAUCGCAGAGCUCCAAUUGUCUUAGUGGUGAGGUGAUCAAUAGCCCAUUACUGGAUAGAACAGCGACUACAGGAAGUGCAUUGAAGAUUUUAAUGCAUGAAUUAUGCAUGCGGUGCUCAUUCUUUAGUCUCCGAACAGAAUGACAGGGUUUGUGAAGUCUCCUCAGAUAGUUUCUUGCAUUAAGUGACUGCAGUGAAAUGCUUAAUAUUUUCAGGCAUAGAAGCAGCAUUGACUCGGGCCAGCCGAAUUUGGAAGAUGUAAAUCUCCCAGCUCACAGCACAGAAUGCGUUAUUUGAAAGUAUUGCUAUGUAGAGAGCCAGCUUUGCUGUCAUCUAACCUGCUCUACCCAGAAGGUUGGCUGAAGGAUGGGAGCGGCUGUGCCUGCCUCUGAGGUCACAGCGUGAAGUCCUUUUAACUUGCUUUCUGCUGCAGGAGAGAGGCGUAUUGUGGUAUAACUGCCAGUAUAUUUGAUCAAAUGGACAAUUUGCAAUAGAUAUUAUACCCAGAACGACAGAUAACAACACAUAAGGCAUUUAAUACUAUUCAACUGUCAUAAAACUAAAGCUUAUUAUUGGAAAAUUGAACCUAACAUCUGAAAGCAUGAUGAAAAUGUGGUUGCUGGUCGGUCAACUUGUGAUAACGUCUUUUACAACCUGUUUAGCAGAGUUUACGUGGCACAGAAAUAGAUAUGGUCAUGGAGUUUCCGAGGAAGACAAAGGAUUUGGACCAAUUUUUGAAGAGCAGCCAAUAAACACCAUUUAUCCAGAGGAAUCACUGGAAGGAAAAGUUUCACUAAACUGUAGGGCACGAGCCAGCCCUUUUCCCGUUUACAAAUGGAGAAUGAAUAAUGGGGAUGUUGAUCUGACAAGUGAUCGAUACAGCAUGGUAGGAGGAAACCUGGUUAUCAACAACCCUGACAAACAGAAAGAUGCUGGAAUAUACUACUGUUUAGCAUCAAAUAACUAUGGGAUGGUCAGAAGCACUGAAGCAACCCUGAGCUUUGGAUAUCUUGAUCCUUUCCCACCUGAGGAACGUCCUGAGGUCAAAGUAAAAGAAGGGAAAGGAAUGGUGCUUCUCUGUGACCCUCCCUACCAUUUUCCAGAUGAUCUUAGCUACCGCUGGCUUCUAAAUGAAUUUCCUGUAUUCAUCACAAUGGAUAAACGAAGAUUUGUGUCUCAGACAAAUGGCAAUCUCUACAUUGCAAAUGUUGAGUCUUCUGACAAAGGCAAUUAUUCCUGCUUUGUUUCCAGUCCUUCUAUUACAAAGAGUGUGUUCAGCAAAUUUAUUCCACUUAUUCCAAUACCUGAACGAACAACAAAACCAUAUCCUGCUGAUAUCGUAGUUCAGUUCAAGGACAUAUAUGCAUUGAUGGGCCAAAAUGUGACUUUAGAGUGUUUUGCGCUUGGAAAUCCUGUUCCUGAUAUCCGAUGGCGGAAGGUCCUAGAACCAAUGCCAAGCACUGCUGAGAUCAGCACUUCUGGAGCUGUCCUCAAGAUCUUCAAUAUCCAGCUAGAAGAUGAAGGCUUAUAUGAAUGUGAGGCUGAGAACAUUAGAGGAAAGGAUAAACAUCAGGCAAGAAUUUAUGUUCAAGCAUUUCCUGAGUGGGUAGAGCAUAUCAAUGACACAGAAGUGGACAUAGGCAGUGAUCUCUACUGGCCUUGUGUGGCCACAGGGAAGCCCAUCCCCACAAUCCGAUGGCUGAAAAAUGGGUAUGCGUAUCAUAAAGGGGAAUUGAGACUAUAUGAUGUGACUUUUGAAAAUGCUGGAAUGUAUCAGUGCAUAGCUGAAAACACACACGGAGCCAUUUACGCAAAUGCUGAGCUGAAGAUCUUGGCUUUGGCUCCAACUUUUGAAAUGAAUCCUAUGAAGAAGAAGAUCCUGGCUGCCAAAGGAGGAAGGGUGAUCAUUGAAUGCAAACCUAAAGCUGCACCGAAACCAAAAUUUUCAUGGAGUAAAGGGACCGAGUGGCUUGUCAAUAGUAGCAGAAUACUCAUUUGGGAAGACGGUAGCUUGGAAAUCAAUAACAUUACAAGGAAUGAUGGAGGUAUCUAUACAUGCUUUGCAGAAAAUAAUAGAGGAAAAGCUAAUAGCACUGGGACUCUUGUUAUCACAGAUCCCACGCGAAUUAUAUUGGCCCCAAUCAAUGCUGAUAUCACUGUUGGAGAAAAUGCCACCAUGCAGUGUGCUGCGUCCUUUGAUCCCGCCUUGGAUCUCACAUUUGUUUGGUCCUUCAAUGGCUAUGUGAUAGAUUUUAACAGAGAGAAUAUUCAUUACCAGAGGAAUUUUAUGCUGGAUUCCAAUGGAGAGCUACUCAUCCGAAAUGCCCAGCUAAAGCAUGCUGGAAGGUAUACAUGCACUGCUCAGACAAUUGUGGACAACUCUUCAGCUUCAGCUGACCUUGUUGUGAGAGGUAAGAGUUUCAACAUUUUAAAAUUACAAAACCAAAGGUAUCUGACUUGCGUAAAUAUGCACAAUCUUCUGGUAACCCUGGUUCAAAUUCUUAUAUAUUUAAAGUCCCAAUCCCAUACCUAAGAAUGAAUCUUAAGCUUCUUAACCAUGCCUAAAAAUGGUUAUGACAAACAAGGAGUAAACAACACUGAUUUUGUUUGUUUUACUAACUACAUAUCUUCUACAAAGUUCUACCACAUGCCUCCUACUAAAUGUUUGUGCUUUUUAGUAUUUACCAAAAGUCCUCAUUUCCUGCUAAUACGUUUUUAGUGUG